AUGGAGACAGCUCGUGCUUUCCCACGAAACAGCUCAGCACCCACACCAUAUAGGAGUAAGGGGGUUGUGGAUGUCAUUAAUAAAAGCUCGAGUAUUGCGCUUUUUGCUGAUCAGUCUUAUAGCCCAUAUCAAUCAGCAUUCAACUCAACAUCUGAUAGUCUAUCGGUGAGUGAUUUCCCUCAAAACCCUGGGAUGCAUAGUGUGAUUCACAUUUACGACUGCCAUAUUGUCCCCUCUCCAGCUCCCUGGAAUGCCCCCACUCCCGUCAUAGACGCAUACGACCCCAUCAUAACCUUUCCUACCUCAAUUACCAACUCUCCGUUUCUUCAGCGUAACUCAUCAACGGGAAGAGGAUCAAUCAACUCUGCUGGUAUGUCGGGGUCUGCUUUGCUACGCCUAUCCACGUCGUACGCACGGGCCUCCCCGCUUUCUGAGCGAGAUCUUGCGGCUGCAUCCCCUCUCUCUCCGGUAAUGAAUGCAGCGGACGCCUUGCGAUCAUCUGUUAACCAGUUUGCAGAGAGUACUACGAACGCGUACGAAACCAACGGAGAGAUAUUCUUUCCUCGCGUUAAGAUAUUGCAGGAUUGUCGCGACGAGGAAGACGUCACCGAAAAAGAAGGUGUACAGAGUCUCAUCACAGAGUAUCUUCCCGAGAACAACCCUUCCGCCUCCAUUGCUCUCUCAACCUUUGAAGUGAUUGCAGAGGAACAAUUGGGGGUUAGAUCUACGAGUUCUCAUGAGAGAUCUGAAUCAAAGGUUAGCCGUGAGCAACUUCUAGAUGACCAAUAUUAUCAGGGUGUGGACAUUGCAUCAUUUAUGCCGUUUCCUCAGCGGGUGGGAGAGCAUGGAGACAAGGGUGGUCGAUGGAGAGGAAAGGGGGCGCCCGUUGGGGUUCCAUUUGGGGUACAGAACUACCAAUCUACUCAGUCAUCCAGCUCUCGGCGUCUCCUUUCCUCCGCGGUUAAGCACCAAAGCCGCGCAGUCCCCAAAGAGGUCUUUGCGUCAUCCGUUGAUGACGCGUUUCUGCCUCUGAAGGGGUUAACAGAACAGCAGCUCUCUUUCACUACAACACCUGUUAUGACUCACAGAACAGAGGAUGAUGAUCAGUAUCGGUACUCACUAAAAACUAAGUUCUCUAAGCAUAACGCUGAUGAGGAUUCUGCGCUCUCUGGAAAGGAUAAAGGCAUGUCUCCAAUCACUCACAAGUAUACUAACCAAAUUAGCCGUGACACCUCUGGCUCAAUUCGUCUUGGGGAGACGCUACUCGCCGAAGCCAGUCCAGACCAACGUAUCUCAAUUAUCAAACGUCUGCUUAAAGCUGCAAUGACCCACAGAGACAUUGAAGUGGUUAUCUACUUUACUGCUAAGCUGGUGGAUAUGGCGUCUAUCGACUCUCGUGUGUCUAGGGAGAUAACAGACUACAUCCGUUUCUUAGAAGAGCAUGGAUAUGUAGCUAAAGCUGCUGCUCUCCUGAUAAAGUGUGUAGAAAAUCACCUUCGAUCCGCAGACGGUGCGAAUUUCCCAGAGCAGCUUAUCCUUAAGGCUCUUAAGCUCUACGAAUCUAUAGGGGAAUAUGACUCGUGCUAUCAUUUAAUUGAGCGUACAGUUCAGCAGUAUACGCAACCACCUUUCUAUACUUGUGGUUCUAACUUUCCAACCGGCGGCAGCAUGAAUAGGCACUCUGUUAGUCUAGACAAGUAUUGGAGAGUCAUCUUUUUUGGUGCAUAUCUUGAGAUGCUGCAAGGAAACCAUGGCCGAAGCCGAGAAAUAAUCUCGUAUCUAAUUCUUCAUACCAAGGAACCAGGCCCUGUGAUAGUAGAUUACCUGGAGCUAGAAUUGAAGUAUGGUUCCUUUAAGUGCGCAUUCAGUUACAUCUUCCAGUACUUCUUGCGCGAAGAAAUCUUGUAUUCACCGCUGUCGCUUCUAUCCUUUGAGCUGAUGAUGCGGGGGUUUCCCAACAACAUAAAGCUUAUCAUGGGAAUACUCAAGAAGAUGACAAGCAGCUGCGCGAUCAACGACAUACGCUGGAAGCUAAAGUGCUUGUGUGCACUGUAUUGCAUAAGGAACAAUAACGCAGAGCAAGCUCUCAAUCUCUGCUUUAAGGCGCUAUCCUGUGCUAAGGAUGGCGUCCAGUGGCGCAUCUUUGUCCUCAUAGCCAAGAUUUACUUUAUACGCAGCUGCAAGAGCAACGUAUCUGACUACUGGGUGAGGGAAAUGAAGGAGAAGCUGUUCAACAAUCUUACACAGGCGUAUCAGACGGCUCCAUUGAAAUCACGGCUUUUUGUUAUAAUUGAAAGGGCACACUACUAUGAAUACUAUGGAGAUAUCAACACCGCAUUAAGCUUGCUGCUCGAAGCAAUCAGCACGAAUCAAAAAGAGUGGAAAUACACGUUAGAAUACGCAAAUAUUCUUCGUAGACACAACAGGCUAGUGGAGGCCUUGGAAAGCAUUGCCUUCUCCCUUACUCUGGGAGAUAAUGUAAGUACAGGGCGGCUCUGGGCUCUGUAUGCGUCUACGGCACAGUCAAAAGGUGCAAGCUCACAUUACAUGGUAAUAAAGGCGGCCGUCUAUCACUGUCCAAAAAGUGCUGACGUCUGGGUAGAGCUUGCUCGACUGUUCCUCAAUCCAGCAUACAAUUGCUUCAACACUGCUACUGCAGAGGAUGCUCUUGCUAAAGCGGUAUACUAUACCCCGCAAUACGGAGACACGUACAUUGAGUGGCUAAGGCUUCUAGUAAUUAAGUACCUUGUAUACGGCACGAAUAUCUCCUCUGUUGUGCGACAGUGCCUCGGUUUAUGUAUUGACAUGAAGCCUACGUACGGUAAUUUGUGGUCAUACUGCAAAGCAAAAACAGUCCAUCUGGGGUAUUGCCCUGUUAAAGACUACAAUGGACCAGCAUCUGUUUCUAAGAGCAUCGUUGAUUGUGCGUUCUUCCACGUUAUCCAGGACGUUUAUCAGAACCUAGACCUAUAUAAGGUGGCGUGCAGAUUUCAAAAAGAGUACGCUGACCAGGCCACAGGUGGAGUGAUUGGGGCACUCUCCCUUAGACCCGAGGACGUGCAAAAGAAAACUCCAACACAAAGGUGGUACAACUUCAAUACAGCAAUCGGCCUAUUUGAUAAGCUGCACGCAGAAGCACUAAACAACCCAUUAAGCGACAAGAAGGAGAGGGCUGAUUUGAUUUUUGGCAGUGAUCUUGUUCUCUAG